UUUGUUGUUAUUACAUAUCGUUUAUUUCGUCUCGAAGCCCGUAUUUUCUCCUAAAUAUGGCAAAGAAGGCUGUGACACAUGUUAUCUUUGAUAUGGAUGGUCUUUUACUUGAUACUGAAAGGCUUUAUACAUUAGCCACACAGACUAUAUGUGAUGAAUAUGGGAAGAAGUAUACAUGGGACAUAAAGAAACAACUAAUGGGUAAAAAGGAAAGUGUGUCAGCUAAAAUGAUUGUCGACCUGCUUGAGCUUCCAAUGACUGUAGAAGAAUACUUGACAAAGAUACACAAGGAAUAUGACAGACUGUUUCCUACAGUUCCAUUUAUGCAAGGUGCUGAAAAGUUAGUGAGACAUCUACACAGUCACAAUGUACCAAUAGCUGUUGUAACAGGGUCCAAUACACAUAGUUUUGAACUGAAAACCGUGAACCACAAAGAUUUCUUCUCGUUGUUCCACCAUCAUGUGCUAUGUGGGGACGAUCCAGAGGUGACUCAUGGUAAACCACAUCCAGAUGCUUUUGAAGUAGGAGCUAGAAGAUUUGAAGACAGUCCUGACCACGCAAAGAUCUUAGUGUUUGAAGAUGCAAUGAAUGGUGUUGAGGCGGCACAUGCAGCUGGUAUGCCGUGUGUAUGGGUACCUCAUGCAGAACAGGAUAAGAGUGUUCUUGCUGGGAAAACUGAACUGAUAAUAGACUCUUUGGAAGAGUUUCAACCGGAAAUGUUCGGUUUGCCUCCAUACGAUACUUGAUGUAUCUAGAACUUAGUCUAGUUAAAUUGAUUUUAUAUUGAUUGGAAAUGGGUGGAUUGAUUUAAUUUUGGGUCGGGAAGAUGUCGUAAAAACACACUGUCAGUGAUUUGAUGUUAAACGGCUUGGAUGAUAAACAGGAAUUUGACUUGUUGGAUUUACGUGAAUACUAUUGAUUUAACCUUUAACCUGCUGGUGGCAAGUGAUUCUGCCUUUGCGACCAGUGCAGACCAAGAUCAGCCUGCUCAUCCGUGCAAUCUGAUCAUGGUUUGCCCUUUUAACUAUUCAGUCAGUAAAUUUUUUAGUGAAAAUCCCUUCAAAUAAUAAAUGGUUGCCCAUAUUGAAUGAUGGACCAGACCAUUUUAGAAAUUUAGCAGGCUAAGGGUUAAAAGAUUGUACUACAUAUAUAAAGUAUUAUUAUAAAACAGAAACCGCAAUCAUCAUAUGAGCUGCGCCAUGAGAAAAUCAACAUAGUGGGUUUGCGACCAGCAUGGAUCCAGACCAGGCUGCGCAUCCGCGCAGUCUGGUCAGGAUCCAUGCUGUUCGCUAACAGUUUCUCUAAUUGCAAUAGGCUUUGAAAGCGAACAGCAUGGAUCCUGACGAGACUGCGCAGAUGCGCAGACUGGUCUGGAUCCAUGCUGGUCGCAAACCCACUAUGUUGAUUUUCUCAUGGCACGGCUCAAAUCAUGCGAAUAUCAUUGGGUUCAAAGGAAAAGUGCAGUUUUGUGGGUUUUCCAGUUUGAAGGAGUUUUUUUCAACAAAAGAAAAUUAUAAAUUGUAAUCCGGACAAAGAUGUCUGUUCAGCAGUUUUCAAUCUUUGGGAGAGGUGUUCCAGUUUAAAGGGGCUACCACUAUAUCAUUAUUUAAACAGUUCUGAUACAAGUUAUGUAUUUUAAGGUAGUGGAUCAGUAAUGACAGUCAGCAAAUAUUCUCUGUAUGCGAUUUUGUUACUGUAAAAGCAGAAAUUUUUGCGAGGGUUUAAUUUUAGAUAUUCGCGAGGCCCUACAUCUCCCGAAAAAUUAAUCCUCGCGUAAAUAUUCAACAUUAGUGUAAUUCAAAUUUAAGUGUGAUACCAUUUUUAGCUCGACUAUAGUCUAGCUAUUCUACUCACCCUGGCGUCGGCGUCGGCGUCACACCUUGGUGAAGUUUUUGCAUGCAGGUACAUACAGCCAUCAAUUAAAGGCAUAUAGCUUUGAAACUUAUAUUUUCUUUUUCUAGGUCAAUUACCAACCUCUCUGGGUCAAGUCCCAUAGCUCUGACAUGUAUUUUGAGCAAAUUAUGCCCCCUUUUGGACUUAGAAAAUUUUGGUUAAAGUUUUACAUGCAAGUAACUAUCUCCAAAACUAAUGCAGAUAUGUAUCUUCGGGGUUAUAAAACUAGUUGAUGGCAGCAAGUCCCAUAACUCUGACUUUCAUUUUGGCCAAAUUAUGCCCCCUUUUGGACUUAAAAAAUUCUGGUUAAAGUUUUGCGUGCAAGUACAUACAGCAAAUUAUGCCCCCUUUUAGACUUAGAAAAUUUUGGUUAAAGUUUUACAAGCAAGUUACUAUCUCCAAAACUAAUGCAAAUUUUGAUUUGAAACUUCACAUGUGUCUUCGGGGUUAUAAAGCUAGUUGAUAGCAGCAAGUCCCAUAACUCUGACCUUCAUUUUGUCCAAAUUAUGCCCCCUUUUGGACUUAGAAAAUUCUGGUUAAAGUUUUGCGUGCAAGUACAUACAGCUAUUUCUAAAAGGCAUAUAGAUUUGAAACUUAUUUUUUCUUUUUCUAGAUCAAUUACCAACUUCACUGGGUCAAGUCCCAUAACUCUGACAUGUUUUUUGAGCAAAUUAUGCCCCCUUUUAGACUUAGAAAAUUUUGGUUAAAGUUUUACAUAAAACUAGUUGAUGGCAGCAAGUCCCAUAACUCUGACCUUCAUUACUACUUCAUAACUCUAACCUCACUGGAUGAAGUCCCAUAUCUCUGGCAUGUAUUUUGGGCAAAUUAUGACCCCUUUUGGACUUUGAAAAUUCUGGUUAAAGUUUUACAUGCAAGUUUCUAUCUCCAAAACUAAUGCAGAUAUUGAAUUGAAACUUCACAUGUGCCUUCGGGGUUAUAAAACUAGUUGAUAGCAGCAAGUCCCAUAACUGAUAUGCAUUUUGGUCAAAUUAUUCCCCCUUUUGAACUUAAAACUCUUUUGAUAUUUAACCUUUUUGGGUAAUAUUUUCCUGCUUCUGGGACAAUAUUUCGAAUAGUCGAGCUUGGCUGUCUUACGGACAGCUCUUGUUAUAAUUUCAAAUUCACAAAAUUUUGACCCUGUUUUACAGUAUCCUCCAAUUUUUAUAGAAAGCCUUUGUGCUUCUGUAUGCCAAAUAAGAUUACAUACGGUAGUCACAGAUAAAUUGUUAAGUGUCAUCAUGAGACUUUAACCUUGAAACCUAGUGUUAUAUAUUUGAACAGUUAAGUGUUUGUUAUGGCGAUGUUGUUUAUCUAUCAAUAUCAUGAAUGAGCUGAAUCAAUGUGAUAAAAUAAGAAUAGAAUUAAAAUUAGAAAAAAAAUA